UGUAUAUUUUAUGAGGAAAACAAAAGGGCGGUCCCCUUCCUAAAACUCUAUAAGACUCAUUAAGGAUGCUCUCCUGGAAAUCGGUCAGUCUCACAUUGAUGAUAUUUCUGCUCAUUGACCUGUGGCUUGCUGCCUUAAGGCAUGACUUGUUUGAGCUGGGAGUGGACAAUCAAACCGAAAUGCCUUUGGCCUGGUUGCAGCAGCACCCCCUCAAAUCUAACAACCAUUGCUGGCAGACAAUGCAGUGCAACUUUGUGCAACUGAUAUUUCACAGUCUUGUGACGCUGCUCGUCUACAAUUUGGUUCUUAUUUUGAUUGGCUGGCAUCUUCACAAGAGCGUUUCCUGCAGAGCUGAGCGCAUGAUAUUGGUUAUACACCCUAUUACUCGAAAAUUAGAGCCUGCUCCACUCGUUCUUGCAACUACUCAAGAGACGCCACCUUUGCGACCGGCUCGUUCUAAGCGGCGUACAGCGCCAAAGCCUCCGCCACGUCGAUUACGUAACACUUCUGCGGCAUAUCCCAGCCAGAACGAUCCCUUUUCAACAGUGCAGGUAUGCUGCUAUCCGGAUCAAUACGAGAGUUUGCGCAGAAAUCUAAACUGUGUCCUCGAGGGACUGCAGCAGUCAGCCGUAUCUCUGUCUUUUCCUCGGUCCAACUGCGCUUUACCGCUUCCGCUUUGCAAUACUUCACGCUUGAGUGAAUUAUCCUCCCAGUCAUCAUCGACUCGUUUGAACGUGGAACUGCCAAAGCACAAAGCCAAGUCCCGAAAAUUGUUUCGUAAGCUGCUCAAGCGACUGGCCAAACCCUUUGGAAAAAAGGUAGGAAACGCAGUUUGCAUAAGCAGAAGCAACAACAACAUCAAUAACAGCUGCAACAAAAAUGGAAUGCUCCAUCCCAUCUGGCGAUGUUUUAAAUUACGAUCCGGUCGCAAGCAACAAUUCGAACUUCAAUUGCCAUCAAGUAGUAGUUCGGAGUCGAAUUGCAGCUCCUUUUGUUUAUAUGCCCAUUGAGCACUGACGCCCAUCUGCAUUGGGAUUAUAAGUGCAAAUCUCAAUUCAGGCGGUGUAUAUAUUUUUUACUUUAUUUUACUCAAAAAAAGUAUUAAGAAAAGACUUCUUACCAUCCAAUUAAUUUAACAUUAUAUAUUUAUACAU